ACCAGGAAGUAGGUUCGCUUCGGUUUGAGUCGGGUCCAUCCGGGCAGCGGGACAACAAAGUCGUCUUACUCUGCAGAGGCCGAAUGACACCCGCGGAUUAAACGAGGUCCUCACCUCAAUGUGUUCUUAAAUAAAUUGCGGCAGACAUUUCCAUUCAGUUCACGGAAAUGGGAUCCGGCUAAAUGUAGAACAUUCUAGAAACACCGCGGACCGCUGGGGUUUCCAGUCCGGAGAAGGUGCGAAGCGGCCCGCGGCCGUGAAGCAAAGCGGCAGCAGCAGCCGGACGAGGAGCACCGAAGGCGGCCGCUAUUGUGCGUUCAGACGGCGUGAUUACCCUGUAAUUUUUAUAUUUUGAAGCAAGUUUUACAUUUGGCGUAUUGAUCCCCACCUCUUUCCUCAACCUUCCUGAUUCAAUUCUGGGGGAGAUCACAUCAGUACCAUCGCCAAGAUAGCCGGCCCAGGCAGGAAGAGGCACACCUCAGAUCCAGACCCCAGCAGCAGUGGUAGCGAUUCCAGCGACGGGCGGCCGGUCAGCGCCAAGUGCCAGAAGAUGGCCAGCAGUGGAGGCGGCGGAGAUGGUCAUCGCGUUGGGGCUCAGCAGAGAGGAGGCAGCGGCUCGGACGUGUCCUCCAGCAAGAAGAAGCAGAAGGACAGGGCCAACCAGGAGAGCAGAGAGGCCAAGAGAGCGGCAGUGGCGGCGGCGGCAGUGGAUGGAGUUCUCGCCGAGGUCAAAAAAGACGUGUUUGUAGACUGGAAGCAGAACGACAACGAGGUGACGGUGAGGCUGCGCUGCGGAGACGGCGUGCAGAGGAUCGACGACAUCGACACCAACUUCACCGACACCAACUGUAAUGUUUCUUUCCCGGAUGGACGUGAGUGGAGCUGCCAGCUGCAGGAGGAAAUUGAGGCCUCGUGCAGCAGAGUCCAGUACAAGGAGAAGGGGGGUUUCCUGCACCUCAUCAUGCACAAGAAGAUCCCCUUUCACAUCUGGCCUUCUCUGAAGUCAAACAAGAAGGUGAAGCAGGCUGCGGCUUCAUCAGAAAAAGUCCGACCGUCGUCCCUCCAGCCUCACCCUCCCUCAUCACCUUCACACGGCGAGUCAAGGCGAAGUAAAGCCGAGCGGGGUAUGAAGCGUUGCUUGAAAAACAAAGCCUGUGACAAGGCCCCCGCAGACCUCGCUGGGGUAAAAAGUGGAGCUUCAGAAACGACCACCAGGCCAGCCGCUGCUGUAUUAGCGGGCGAGCCGCAUCCCCAGGAACCCAGCACCAAGCGGCCCAUCAUACGGCUGCCCAAGACCACCAAAGGGGCAGAAAAGGAGAAACUCGCUGCAAAGUCUGCAGCAGUGAACGGCGGUAAAGCCACAAACGGGCGGAGCCCCCAGACUCCAGGCAAAGACACAAACAGCAGAGCAGAGGAGCGACUCACCGGUCAGGAAGUCGGACCUGAAGUCUCUUCUGCAAACAGAGCCCAGAGAAACCAGUCAUUAAACCGAUCCGGAGUAAAAGCACAAGUUAAAGACGAACAGCCCAGAGCUCCUGAGAGCACCAGCCCCUGCCUCAAACCCGUCUGCUUCAACAAAGAAGCAGACUCCGCCUCUGGAAAGCAGAGGGAGUGCACGAACUCCGAGGUGGCGGCGAAACCCGCCGAGCUUAGCCCAGAGCCGGGUCCUGUGAUCCAGCAGCAGCUGGUCUCGACAGAGGCGGUCCAGAGCCACGCAGCCGGUCUGAUCCAGAACAGCUGUGAUGGAGAAGAGAAACGGGAUCGGCCAAAGGAAGAGCCUCCUCUGGAAAUCAGUCCGCUGGAAGCUCCAGAGCCGAUGGUCAACCUGCAGUCUGUGAAGAACGGCUCGUACGAGAAGGGCACCGAUCUGAUGGUGGUUAAUGUUUACAUCAAAGGGGUUUGCAGGGACACUGCCAGAGUCAUCUUCAGGGAGCAGGACUUUACCCUCAUCUUCCAGACCAGCGACGUUAACUUUCUGCAUCUUCAUUCGGACUGCGGACCCAACACUGUCUUCAGGUGGCAGGUCAAACUCAGGAACCUGAUCCAGCCUGAGCAGUGCACUUACACCUUCACCCCGUCCCGCCUGGACAUCACCCUGAAGAAGAGGCACAGCCAGCGCUGGGAGGGGCUCCUGGCUCCAGCCUCACAAGGUGCAGUGGGUGGUGCUAAGGUGGCUGUGGCCUCCAGCCCCGCCUGCAUGGACAAAAGCCAGCCAGGCAGCAGUCAGCACAGCCUCCCUGCCAAAGAGGAGCCCCCGAGAGUUGGGGAGGAGACGGCCAAGGCCCCCAAGGCCUCAAACAGAGGCGUGGAGGGAGGGGCUCUGGACAGCGUUGCACCUCGCUCCGUCUCUGAACACGUUGCCAUCACCAAAUCUGAGCCCGCCGUUACCGCGCCUAAACCCACCUGCAUGGUCCAGCCUAUGACGUACAGCCUUCCUGCCAGCAUCGAGCGCCACGAAGAGGAGGAGGAGAAGAAGGUGUGCCUCCCCGGUUUCACGGGACUGGUCAACCUGGGCAACACCUGCUUCAUGAACAGUGUGAUCCAGUCCCUGUCGAACACCAGAGAACUCAGGGAUUACUUUCACGACCGAGCGUUUGAGGCUGAGAUCAACUGCAGCAACCCUCUGGGAACCGGAGGAAGGCUCGCCAUCGGCUUCGCCGUGCUGCUCAGGGCUCUGUGGAAAGGGACUCAUCACGCCUUCCAGCCCUCAAAACUCAAGGCAAUCGUGGCCAGCAAAGCCAGUCAGUUCACGGGUUACGCUCAGCACGACGCGCAGGAGUUCAUGGCGUUCUUACUGGACGGGCUGCACGAAGACCUGAACCGCAUCCAGAACAAACCGUACACGGAGACGGUGGACUCCGACGGACGGCUCGAUGAGGUGGUGGCAGAAGAGGCGUGGCAGAGGCACAAGAUGAGAAACGACUCCUUCAUUGUCGACCUUUUCCAAGGCCAGUUCAAAUCCAAACUCGUGUGUCCCAUGUGUUCAAAGGUUUCCAUCACCUUUGACCCCUUCCUGUACCUGCCUGUUCCCCUUCCUCAAAAGCAAAAGGUUCUCUCCGUUUUCUUCUUUGCUAAGGAACCUCAUAAGAAGCCCAUCAAGUUUUUGGUGAGCGUGAGCAAGGAGAACUCCAGCACAGCUGAGGUGCUGGAAUCCAUCUCCAGGAGCGUGAGGGUCAAACCCGAGAACCUCAGAAUAGCAGAGGUGAGCAAGAACCGCUUCCAGCGCAUAUUCCUGCCGUCCCAGUCUUUGGACACCGUGUCGCCCUCAGACAUGCUGUUCUGCUUUGAGCUGCUCUCCAAAGAUCUAGCCAAAGAGAGGGUGCUGUUGAUCAAGGUGCACCAGAAACUUCAGGUGCCCAACACUCCCAUCUCCAAGUGCGCCGCCUGCCUCAAGCCUCCGGUGUCUGAAGAAGACAAGCUGAAGCGCUGCAUGCGCUGCUAUCGAGUUGGCUACUGCAAUCAAGUUUGUCAGAAGACGCACUGGCCCAGUCACAAAGGUCUGUGUCGGCCCAACUCUGAGAACGUGGGCCUGCCCUUCAUGGUCAGUGUGCCGGAGUCUCGGCUCUCCUACGCCAGGCUGGCCCAGCUGCUGGAAGGUUACUCCAGGUUUUCAGUAAACGUGUUCCAGCCUCCUUUCCAGUCGGGCAGAGCAUCUCCUGAAACCCCGCAGUCCCGGGUUGACCUCCCACCGAUGACGGCGAGCUCUCCUGAGGCUCCUGGUUCUGGGGAUGAAGCCGUGGGCGGCAGCAGUUCAGUGGGAGCGGCGGAUCUGGAGCUGGACAGUCAAUCCCUGGCAGACAUUGCUCCGGCCUCGUCGAUCCACCCUGAGGUCUCAGACUCGCUGUCCUCCUCCCGGACUAAAGAUUCAGGCUUCUCAGAGUCAAUCUCCUCCACCUCCUGCUGCUCUCUCGACCCCCAUGCAGAAAAGGAGACAUCCUGUGAAAAGACGGUGCGACCCGAAGCUGCAGUAACGGGGUAUCAGCAUUCGAGUGAAUCUGCGUCUGGUCACGCCAGUCAGUUCUACAUCGCACUGCUGGACUCCAACAACAAGGAGCAGAGGCUCGAUGAGAAAGAGGACGCUCUGGCGGAUCUCCCCGAAGAUGCCACUUUGGAACUGGUGUGGAAAAACAACGAGCGCCUCAAGGAGUACGUGCUGGUGAGCUCCAAGGAGCUGGAGUACGAGGAGGACCCGGGCUCCCUCAGCGAGACGGCCAGAGCGGGACACUUCACCCUCGAGCAGUGCCUGAAUCUCUUCACCAAGCCGGAGGUGCUGGCGCCAGAGGAGGCCUGGUACUGUCCCAAGUGCCAGCAGCACCGCGAAGCUUCAAAGCAGCUGCUUCUGUGGCGUCUGCCCAACGUUCUGAUCAUCCAGCUCAAGCGCUUCUCCUUCAGAAGCUUCAUCUGGAGGGACAAGAUCAACGACAUGGUCGAUUUCCCCGUCAGAAAUUUAGAUUUGAGCAAGUUCUGUAUCGGCCAAAAGGACGACAUGCAGCAACCCCCCAUCUAUGACCUGUACGCUGUCAUCAACCACUAUGGAGGAAUGAUCGGAGGUCACUACACGGCGUACGCUCGACUGCCGAGCGACAAGAACAGCCAGCGCAGUGAUGUUGGGUGGCGACUGUUUGACGACAGCACCGUAACGAUGGUGGAGGAGAGCCAGGUGGUGACGCGAUACGCCUACGUCCUGUUCUACCGCCGCCGGAACUCCCCCGUGGAGCGGCCGCCACGCUUCCUCAGACCUGUUGGAGCGGAUUCACCUUCUGGCGCCGGGGCCACUGCCAGCCAGGCCUCUCUAAUAUGGCGGGAACUGGAGGAGGAGGAAGAGGAGGGGCUUGACGAAGAGCCCAGAGGGCUGUUCCGUUCUGUCCUGCGGCGACAAAGGAACAGAGAAGAGGACUACCGGACGGAGGGCCCAGUGCGACGGCAGCGGGUGUUGGAUCAUCCCGAUGACUACUGUGUGCGAUAUUUCCUUCUGGGCACGCUCGCCGCCGUGCUCGCCGUCUUUGUUAACCUGGUCUACCCUUUUCUUUUCAAGGCCAGGUGGAGCUGAACCCAUUGCUGUCUCAGGUUUGGCUCAACCUACUUUGGAAGAUCAGGUUGUUGACUCGUUCAGAGGAAGAUCUUGCUGCUUGACGGCGCUUGACCCGCCGGAAGCACAAAAAAAGUGACUGUAGAUGCUGACCUCACUUGAAACAUUUUUAUUUUUAAAAUGAGCGUAUAUAUAUAUAUAUAUAAAAGUCUAUGAAAUGUCCCUGAAAGUUUGUUUAAUAUAUAAAAAUUGAGUUUAAAACCACAAAUAUAUAAACUAGACACAAUUAUGCUUGUGUGCGUUUAGCGGCACACCUGAAAAGCACAAAAGAUGCAACAUAAAGUUGACCAGUAGAGGCGCUGCAGAGCCUAAAGGCCUUAAUUUACCUGUGGGUGUAUCUGACGCCUGAAACCAGUCCGUCCUCUUUUUGUCCUUGCUGCUGCAUGUUGAACAUCAAAAGGGGCGGAGUCAGGAGCGAGAAAAGGGGAUGUCAGAGUUUUACUCGCCUCUCCAACAAAACCGUAAACUACACAACAGCAGGUCAACACGAGGUCCCGUUGACCUCAGGUCAAAGAGCGGCGAUAAAGGAAAAUGGACAUGAAAUUUGUCACAUAGAGAAAAACAAAAUGUUCAAAAUAACCAAAACCAAACUUUUAUCGUGAAAUCAGUUCAGCUUUUAUUAAACUGAAUUUGUCUUUCAGUUAAAUCCAUCCUUUAACUCUGGAUCAAUCCCAGCUGAGGCAAAGUCACGCCCUCUUUAAGCUGCUUUAACGCCAUCAACAUCCUUCUGACACGGGAAAAAAGCCAGGUCAGAAUCAGCCGAUUGGUGUGGAUGGUGCGUGUGCUUCACUACUCUUCAGUGUUGCAUAUCAGCACAAAGCUGCUGGAAUUACGAUAAUUGCACACAUGGUUAUGAUGGUUAAAAAACAUCAGCACCGGAGCUAAAGCUCUGGUGUAAUAUUGUGUACGCAAAGAAUUGUGGACUUGGAUUAUUGUCUGUCCUUUUAGAAAGGAUUCCUUACACCCCCCCCC